AAACUCAAAAGUGGAUUUAAUGGUAUUUACGGGCACACAGUGAUCAUCCUUACUGCUCCUCAGUUAGGAGAAUAUAAAUGAGUGGGGACGUAUCAGAGCUGGUGAUUCAUGUGCGUAUGUGCAGUACGCGGAUGAGACUGGUCGCCAUCUUUACUCCAUCCAAGCACAGUGCUGCUGCCGGUGGGGCGGAACACCACUCAUCGACCCCGUUGAUUUCUAGGAACCGCCGAUAGACCUGACACACCACCGUGUCUUACGCUGACGAAAUAUCGCUUCCACUAGUUCGCUACUGUACCUGCAUCUCGAUACACAAUGGGAGAGCGAGAGGACUUAGUUUAUCAGGCAAAACUCGCCGAACAGGCAGAGCGAUAUGACGAGAUGGUGGAGUCUAUGAAGAACGUGGCAGGCAUGAACCUGGAGCUCACAGUGGAGGAGAGGAACCUACUAUCGGUGGCCUACAAGAAUGUGAUCGGAGCUCGGAGAGCUUCCUGGAGAAUAAUCAGCAGUAUUGAACAGAGAGAAGAGAGCAAGGGUGGAGAAGAGAAACUGAAGAUGAUCAAGGAAUACAGGCAAAAGGUUGAGGAUGAGCUGAAUGACAUCUGUCGUGACAUUCUGGAAGCACUGGAUAGUCACCUACUCCCUGCUGCUGUCAUGGGAGAAUCUAGAGUCUUCUAUAACAAAAUGAAGGGUGACUACUACAGGUAUCUGGCAGAGUUUGCCACUGGCAACAGCAGAAAGGAGGCAGCAGAGAACAGCCUGGUGGCCUACAAAACUGCGACUGAUCUAGCUACAGCAGAGCUGCCUCCCACACACCCCAUCCGCCUUGGCCUCGCCCUCAACUUCUCCGUCUUCUACUACGAGAUCCUCAACUCGCCUGACCGUGCUUGCAGGUUGGCAAAGUCUGCGUUUGAUGAAGCCAUCACAGAACUGGACUCACUGAGUGAAGACAGCUACAAGGACUCCACACUUAUCAUGCAGUUGUUACGUGACAACCUGACACUAUGGACUUCAGAUAUGCAGGGAGAGGGUGAAGAACAGAACAAAGAGGCACUGCAAGACGUUGAGGAUGAGGCCCAGUGAGACUAUGCCACCAACAGCAAACAACUUGAGACCCUCCUCACACUCCUCCCCUCCCCACCUUUGUCCUCCUACACCUUCCAACUCAUCUUCCCUCCCUGCUCUUCACCUCCCUCUUCCUCUUCCUCCUCUCUCCUCCUUUUCCUUUCUUCCACCUCUGCAGCUUCAUGACCCAACAGGGCCAGGAGUUAACAAGUUUAUUUUUCUCUUCUUUUUUAUUUUUAUAUUAGCCCUUACAUCAUUCAAGUAAAUACCACUUAAUUGAGACAGGAAAUAUAAUGUUAGAAAGCUAAAGAGAGAGUCCCUGGAUUGUUUUUGUUUGUUUUUUUUGUCCUGGUACAAGCAGUUCUGACAUGUUAUCAUUGUUUUCAUUAUUGUAUUUUUGUUAUUUUGCUUUUUUCUCAAUAUUUUUAUCAGUUGCUGGAUGUAUUGAGAAUUUUUUUUCUUAAUGUAAUUACAGAAAUUAACUUUUAUUACUGAUAAUGUUGACUCUUAGUUAUGGGAGCUAUUUUAUCUCAGUUUUUAGUGAAAUGUCAUGCAAAUCAUUUUACCUUUUUAUGGGCAGUUUGGAAAACUACAAGUGCCCUUUUUGUUAACUUAGGUUUUCAGAGGAAGUUGGCAAAAUUCGCGAUAUCCAUGUGGGGCAAAGAAGUGCUUAACUUUUACACCAUAGUGAUUCUGUCAUCAUGUUUUUGUAGUUGUCCUUGGACUGUACUUUUGUGCUGAAAUACUGUAACUGUGCACACAUGCUGAGUCUCUGAUGGUUGAAUUAUUGCUAGCUGGUGGUGGCUUAAAAGGAAAAAAAAAACGUUGGAGAUUUUAUCACUUGUGUAGGAAAAAAAACAAAAAAAACAAACAUGUCUCAAUGUGGCCCCGCUCCUCGACAGAGAGCCAAAAAAAAACAUUUGAUUGUCUGUGCUUGCAUGAGUUAACACAUUGUUUUCUGCUGCUUCUCCUCUACUUUUCACUAGUGCUCCUCUCGGUUCAGAGGUUUUCUUUCUUUGCUGUUUCCUUUGUUUCUCUUCCUGUUUUGUUUCAUUAUGUGUAACUUGGAGCUGAUUUGUACUACUGGAUAUCUGACUGAAGCCACAGACAGGGAAUCUGUAUUGUUCUGACUGAAACACAGCAUGGAAUUAACAUUAAAUAAUCUAAAUUAAACAUUACAAACUGACUUGUUGCUUUUAAUUAUUUUAUUUGCCUUAAGAUGACUGUGAUUUUGCCGCUCAUUGUUAAAUGGAUAAAUAUAAUCUGUGGAACUGUUGUAGCUCUUGUAGGCUGUUGAAAUUAGCGUUUGAAACUUGUUAGGAGUUUUCUAUAUGAACACAGAUGUUUCUUCAGGAACUGAAAAGCAUUCAUCUCAGUACCUCCAAGCUUAGUUGAACCUCAGCACAGUCCCACACACAGAGCAGAUGUUGCUACUGGGAUGGGAGGUGGAAACUGAGUGUAAUCAUAAAUGUAUCUGUUAUCGCUGUAGUGUUUGAGAGACAAAUGCAAUGUUAAUGCCUGUGGUCCUGCCAUGACACUUGCUGCUGCUGCUGCUACAACUGUCUGCAGCUGACGGGGGUGAAGGAUGUCUACAGAGUCAUUCUCAACAUGUUCACAACAAUGUUUCUGCAUGGCUUACAUUAAAAUUGUUUCACCAG